CCGGCGUAUAAACAUCGUCAUCAGAUCCAUCAAACAUGAGGUCGAGAGUACGGCCAAAUGUACUUCUACGGUCCGUAGAACGUGCAGUAACGCAUGUGAAACCCGCAAGCUACCCGUGGAUAUGCUCCCAAUGUCGUUAUUCAUCUUCAGCAUCCACAUCCAUAACAAUUGGAGGCCGCACAGAACAGACCGACAACUGGACCAAUGUUACUCCUAGCAUACUGUCUUCCAUCUCACGCCGCCUGCAUCUACAACCGGACCACCCUCUCGCCAUAACGCGGACACUCAUCGAGUCACGUUUUCCAGGUUACAAGUACCACAACAACUUGUCCCCAAUCGUGACUACUGCUCAAAACUUCGACUCCUUAGGCUUCCCUGGUGACCACCCUGGCCGAGCAAAAUCUGACACAUACUACAUCAAUAAAGAUACAGUUCUACGCACGCAUACGUCCGCUCACCAGCUAGAUACAUUUCGAGCAAAUCAAAGCGAUGGAUACCUCAUCGCAGCAGACGUGUACCGCAGAGAUGCUGUGGAUCGCAGCCACUAUCCUGUCUUCCACCAAAUGGAAGGGGCAAUGACGUGGGAUCGGAAUUCCUUGCCAUCUGGCACGACUCUCGAACAGCAUAUCUGGGGAGAAGUCGAUAAGAUCCCACGCCACGACGUAAAGGUCGAGGACCCAAAUCCAUCAUUCCACGAUGGGAACCCACUGCAGGCAGACUACCACUCGGAAGGCGAAUGCAAGGCUAUGGCCACCCAUCUCAAGCGAUCGUUGGAGGAUGUUGUCGUGACUAUCUUCAACGCAGCGCGCGACGCGGCCGUCCGCUCGGGCGAUAAGGUCGCAAUUCGAGAAUCACAGGAACCCCUCAAGAUUCGCUGGGUCGAGGCGUACUUCCCAUUCACGUCGCCCUCAUGGGAGCUGGAGGUCUUCUGGCAAGGUGAUUGGCUCGAGGUGCUCGGGUCAGGAAUCGUUAAGCAGUCCAUCCUGAACGAUGCCGGCGUACCGUCAAGACAUGGGUGGGCGUUUGGGCUGGGCCUGGAGCGUAUUGCCAUGUUACUCUUCUCGAUCCCAGACAUCCGACUUUUCUGGUCGGCUGAUAACCGGUUCCUUUCCCAGUUCUCGGCGGAGAAGAAAGGAUUCACACGCUUUGUACCAUUCUCAAAAUAUCCCGAAUGUCCCAAAGACGUCGCUUUCUGGCUACCUACUCCUCAAACUCCCUCUUCCCAGCAAGCCGCGCACGAGACUUCAAAGCCAACUGCUACAUCUUCAGCCUCAUCUGCCGGUGGUGCAGAAGCGACGGGAAGCUCUGCCAAUGCUGAUGCCACCCCGGCGCUAUUCCAAGAAAACGACCUGAUGGAAAUUGUGCGUAACGAAGCCGGCGCCGACGUUGAAGACGUGCGACUCACAGACUCGUUCACGCACCCGAAGACCGGCCGCCAGAGCAGAUGCUAUCGCAUUGUGUAUCGUAGUCUGGAACGUACGUUAACAAACGUGGAGGCAAACAGGAUGCAUGAAGGGAUCAAGACUAAGCUGGUUGAGAAACUGGGAGUCGAGAUACGCUGAGGAUGCUGGGAUGUGUAAGAAGAGAAGAUUUGUUUGUAUGAAUAUUAAGAGACGUUGACUGCCGAUAUGUAUAAUCCAGGUACAAACUCAGGCGACCAAGGAUUAUGCCAGAGUUCCAGAAUUGCGUAUCCGAUCAUGCUCUGUCAUGCUAACAUGAGUCCAAAGUACCUACAAGGCCAAGCUAUGAAUUUCCGCUUUCAUAUAUGUUUGUUGACAGGAGUACGUAGGACCUCCCCCUGCCCCUCUCACAAACGAUCGCUUCCAUCUUUCAUCCAAGAACACAGUGCAAAUCGUAUCUUUUCCAUACAAGGACACCUCACCAUGCCAGAUCCAUCAGAUGGAGCCGUUAAACCACCAAUAUAGGAGUCACUUCCAAGGAACUAAUGGCUUAUGAAGACAAAAGCCGUCGAUAGCAUCACUUCUCGGAGAAUUCCAU